UUCCUACUCGAAGACUGAGCCGGAUUGCAUUUUCUGUUGCACCAUAACUAUUUCCGAGUUUUACGGACACGUCACGUCACGUCUGCGCGGUGCUCGUUAGCCAUUUCAACACCGCACUUGACCAAAUAGUUGACCAAGCGCAGCAAUGUCGGCUUCAGUUUUGUCGGUAAUUUCUCGGUUUCUUGAAGAGUACACUAAUACAACCCCGAAUAAGCUUAAAGUGGUCGAUGCGUAUUUGUUGUAUAUCCUGCUGACCGGAGCCCUGCAGUUCCUUUACUGUCUGCUCGUGGGAACAUUCCCCUUCAACAGCUUUCUCUCUGGCUUCAUCUCUUGUGUCGGGUCUUUCAUUCUAGCAGUGUGUCUUCGUAUCCAGAUCAACCCACAGAACAAAGGAGACUUCCUAUCCAUCUCACCAGAGAGAGCGUUUGCAGACUUUCUCUUCGCUCACACUGUCCUGCAUCUUGUUGUCAUGAACUUCAUUGGUUAAACGCGCUUCUCAGAAUGACAGUCCACUUGGUGGAAGAUGCAGAUGGUAAGAAGAUGGGAAAACAAUAUUCAAGACACAAUGCCACAUCUGCUUUUCUGACAGAUCACGGUUGAAUUCCUUUUUUUUAUGUUCAAUUUGUUAACUUUUCCUUGCACUCGGGCAAAUUUAAAAAAAAUUACAACUUUAGAAUUUUCAAUUCUUGUUCACACAUCUUGCGUUCAUCCAAUUGUGCUCUUAAAUCCUGAAGAGCAAAUUAUUGGACAUGACCUACACGUAUGAAAAUGUUUUUGAUUAAAAAAUAAAAAAGUGUGCUGUGGUAUGAGA